UGCCCGUGCCGUGCCAGCGCGCGGCGGCCGACGACCGCGGGCGGCACUGCCUCGCGGGCGGCGGCACGAAGACGUGCAAGGCGGCGGCGGACCCGCGGCACCUGCCCAAGCCGCCGGGCCCGGGGUCCUACGACGUCGAGGUGUUCAUUCGUACGUACCGGCGCGACCUCCUGGGCGGCGUGCUGCUGUACACGCUCGAGUCCGUCGCGCGCUACGGCGGCACGGUCGUCCGGGGCGCGAGCCUCUGCUACCCCGCCGAGGACGACGCCCUCUUCGCCGCGCUGCCGGCCAAGUUCCCGACGCUGGCGAUCCGCCUGAGCCCCGUCGACGCGGAGCCCGGGAGGCCGCUCUUCCACGACUACGUCCACGCGGACCUCCACACGUCGGCGCCCUACGUCAUGCACCUGGACGGGGACAUGCUCCUCUACCACGAGCUCAGCGCCGGCGAGCUCUUCGACGCCGAGGCGUCGCGGCCGUUUUUUCGGGUCGCGCCGUGGGCCGACUUCCCGGACCGCGUCCGCGAGGCGAACAAGCCGGCCAUGGACUGGCUCGGCGUCGACGCGCUCGAGUACACGCUCCUGGGGCGCAUGGUCUAUCCGCGGGAGAUCUACGCGUGGAUGCGCGCGCGCAUCCGCAAGGUGCACAAGCCCCUGUCGCUCGCGAAGGCGCUCCGGAGGCGCGGGCCCAUGGACAACUACAGCCCCUUCGGCGCGCUCCUCCUCUACGUCCACCCGGACGCCGUCACCGUCGUGCGCCACCACCUCCGGAACCCCUACCUCCAGAUCGACGGCCGCAAGAUGACGGGCGAGUGGGUCAACCUCGUCAAGCCGGCGGCGGCGUUCCUCGAGAACGCGUCGGAGACGCCGUCGAGCCUCUGCGGCGUCCUGGCCAUGCCGCCGCUGGGCAGGAAGGUCUCGCGCGCCGCCUGGGUCGGGGACCACGCCCUGGAACGCAAGGAUUCCCUCGCGGGGCCCCUGAACACGCAGGAGUAG